CGCCUGUUGCCAGGCAACGGCGUGCCAAACUAUACCGAGGUCGUCUCUGAUACAUCCAAGUUAUAUAUCUCAUGGUUGUUAUUUAGUUUAUAUUCCUACUCAUCGAGCAACAGUCGAUGGAUUCUCCCAGUCGAAAUGAGGAGCCUAAACUUCCUCCUCAGGUGUCCCUCAAGCUGGAGCCGUUCGUGCAUCAAGUCGGCGGCCACUCUUCUAUGCUCUGCCUCGAUGAAGCUACAGUCUGCAAGCCGCUUCUUGUCAAGGAGAAAGCUUUCUAUGAAAAUUUGCCAGAAAUUCUUGUUCCAUUUACUGCCCAGUACCGUGGAACAAUCCAGGUGACUUGCAACGAGGAUGCUGGUGGCUACCUCACCCUAACUACCUUUCCUCCUGCAGGCUAUAUUGCAUAUGAAGGAACUAUGCCAGUGAAACAUAGAAUAAAAUGGCAUCAUGGGAUAUGCAUUGAUAUUGAGUGUGUGGAGACAUCCAGUGAUGAAGAUAUUUUCGAAGAUGAUACCAGCAUGACACCUGUAAGUUCUUCACCAUGUGUGGAGCAUUCUAUCGAAAGAAGGCCAAGUCAUAGUCACAACCCUUGGAUUCUGCACUGCCACAGAGGACACAUAGCCAAAAUGCUUGGGCUAGACGUGGACGCCAUCCACUCCCAACAGAGUCACUCCCCGUGCCAUUUCGAAAACUUACCGUCCUUUGAGUUCCUUCUCCUCGAGAACCUCACGUGGAGGCGGAAACGACCUUGCGUCUUGGAUGUUAAAAUGGGUAUUCGACAGUACGGCGAUGACGCCCCUGAGUCAAAACGUCGCAGUCAGAGUCUGAAAGUUGAAAAUUCAACUUCAGGAUCUUUGGGCAUUCGCCUGUGUGGCAUGCAAGUCUUUCAGGUUUCGACCAACAAGUAUUUGUGCCGAAACAAAUAUUAUGGUAGAUCAUUGACAGACGAUGGGCUUCGCCGUUCUUUGACGCAAUUUUUCCAUAACGGCGAGCGUCUGCGAACCGACAUCUUUCUGCCUCUACUGGAUCGCCUCAGCAGGUUGUUGGCCGUUAUAAACCAGCUGGACUCCUAUCGGUUCUUCACCAGUUCCUUGCUGGUCAUCUACGACGGCCUGGAUGACCAACCGAGUGAAAUUGACGUACGUGUUAUUGAUUUCGCACACGCGACACACCGAGACAUGGCGGCCGAGUCCCAGACGUACACAGGGCCGGAUGACGGUUUCAUCUUUGGAUUGAAAAGUCUCAUCGAACUGAUUGAAGAACUCUCGAAAAAGGAGUGAAGAAAAAAAGAAGCAAACGAAACAAGAUACAACCGAUGGAUGUAAAAGGAAAAGAAAAUGGGUGCUUCCAGUUAUAGUUAUGUAAACCGGUUUCACCUGCUUCGUCUUACAGCCACCACCAGUCCGCACGUCAUUUGAUCCGUUCUUUUGACUCAGCCAGUUCUGCACGCUUCGGCUGACGGGAUAUCGGGGGAAUUAUGUUUUUAAGAAAUGCUAGUCUGCUUCUUUUUUGUUAUUAUUAUUAUUCCUUUCCUCCGAUAUUCCUUGCUUUUAUGUCUAAUCUUCUUCUCUCCAAUAUAGGCCAUGGGAGAUUGCUCUUUUUUGUCACAGAGCCAAACGAAAAAUAAGGGAGCUGGAAGAGGAAAAGGUCAAUCGUUGUUUGUUUUUCAUCAUCAUUCCACUUGUUUUAGUGAGUAGAUGAAAUUGCUUUGCCGUGGCGACAUUUGGAAAAGAACAAAACAAAUAAAACAUUAGCCAAA